CGGAAGUCAGCUGCAGCGAGCAAACGUCAGCACAAGACUGACUGCAUUUUUUUAUUUCUUGAUCUCUUGCAUCUCAAAGGGCGCAAAGAUCGAUACUUUUUGCUUUAGACGUAUUUAAUUUUCUUUUUCUUUCGCUCCAUGGAGUUGCUGUCGCUUCUGUCAUGGGCCUGCAUCGUGUUUACGGUCGGGAUGUUCUCGACUGGGCUGUCCGACUUGAAAAAAAUGCGGGAAACAAGAAGCACGGACAACAUUCAGUUCCUACCCUUCCUCACUACCUGUCUUAAUAACCUGGGCUGGUUGUAUUACGGGAUCCUGAAGAGGGACCAGACCAUUGUUUUGGUGAAUGUCAUUGGUGCCUCACUGCAGACGCUCUACAUCAUUGUGUUCAUUCACUACGCAAAGCAGAAGAAGCCGUUCAUGUCCCAGACGCUGUUCGCAGGUGCCGUUUUGGCUGGAGGCUGGUUCUACUUCUCCACUUUUCUUCCGCAAGGAGAAACUCAACUCAACCAGCUCGGCCUGACGUGCAGCGCCAUCACCGUCAGCAUGUACCUGUCCCCGCUCACAGAUCUGGUAAAGCGCUUCAUCAUUUUUUCAAACAUCAUCCGCAGUGGUAACGUGCAGUGCUUGUCCUUCCCUUUGACUGUAGCCACCUUCUUCACCUCCACGUCCUGGGUUCUCUACGGCCAACAGCUGAAUGACUACUACAUCAUGGUUCCCAACACGCCCGGCAUCCUGACCAGUGUUAUCCGCUUUUAUUUAUUCUGGAGGUUUGCACCUGGUUCAAGCUCACCUGGUUACAAGUCUAUGGCAAUGUGAAAAAUGGAUGGAAAAAGUUACACAAACUUUAGGGAAAUGUGGUUACAGACAAAUCAUGUGCAAUGUCCCAUUUACCUGCACAGAGCCUAAAAGCACAAGUGGUCUGUCAUUAAAGGAGACAUAUGAUGCAAAAUCGACUUGAGCGAGCGUUUAACCAUGUUGUAAUGGUUUCCCCUCAGAGCUGUAAUUUAAAAAAGUUAAAUUUUCAGCUUUCACCAAUCAAAUCUUCACACAAGUGAUACACAUUUUCUACAAAUAGUAAAAAUGGUCUUUUCAUGAUUAUUAAAUACCAGAGGUGGGGACUUGCAAGAUGUGACUUGGACUCAAGUCAGACUUGAGCCACUUAUUUUUAGGACUUGAGACUUGACUUGAUAAAAUGGACUAAGACUUGGAACUCGACUUGGACUUGAGGUCUGCAACUUUAGAAGACUUGAGAAGCACUUUUAAAUCAGAAUUUUUUCUGUUCUGAUUCACACUAAGAUCUUGUCAAGACAUUUAAAAAGGAAAAAAAUACAUUUCUACAACUUUUUUAUAAUCCAUAAAUACUCAUAUAUAGAUAUACUAUGAUUUUUUUGGUACAAAUUAUCUUAAAAUUGAUAUAAAUUGCAAAAACAUAAGCUAUAGUUGGUACUUUGGUUUAAAGACUUGAAAUUACUUGAAGCUUAAAUCAAAUGACUUGGACUUAUGGGCCAGUGACUCGAGACUUGACUUGGACUUGAGGUCAAAGACCCGAGACUUACUUGAGAUUUGCAAAACAACGAUUUGGUCCCACCUCUGCUAAAUACCACAGAGAGCAUAAUAUGUCUUCUUUAAAAGUGCAUUAUGUAUGUUUUCUGAUGGGGAGAGGUCCACCACCUACUUGUCUCCAUGGAGAUGUUAUUGCUUUGGAAGGUUCCACAGUAUGGUAUUAACUCUCACCCUGAAGGCGUUUUUAUUUCUCAAAAAUACCUUUGAAAACAUGGUCGCUUCUCCACAGAUCUGAAAUGUACUUGGCCUCGUGGGGUCACCUGCUUCUCUUCAUGGAGAUAGAAAAGUUUAAUGCCGCACUGUAAAACAUUAACGAAGCGAUAGUACGUCUCUCUGUGGUCAAGCAGGUAGCAGAACUCAAAAAAAGAAAACUUAUGUAAUGUACAAUUUUUUUAAGUUUGUUUUUACGGUCUGUGUUGUGUCUAUCUUCUUAAGUGCCUUUUACAAGCCCAAGUCUGCUGUUUAAAACAAUGGCAUAUUUGGAAAACAACAGCGUUCAUUUUAAAGGCUGGAUCUUAUCUCGCCACAUCAGAUUAGCCAAAGACUUUUGUAGCUCAAGUUGGCUGCUAUUGUGAUUAUAUUUGUCACUUUGUGCAUCGAUACGUGAUUGUGAAUGUGUACAUCUUGCCUUAUGGACCUUGUAACUUUCUCUCAUUGUUUACAACAAUCAAUAGCAGUUAAAUAAUAAUAACUUUAUGAAGACUAUCUAUGAAUUGUUUUGAUACAUAGCCACUUCCUGUUUAUGCUAUUUUUCUAAGCUAUUUUUCAUGAGAUUGCAGCUUUCAACCUUGGGAACACUAAAGAGUUUGUUUACAAGAAUGUGGUCAGGGUUAUGGUGUUUAAUACAUAUAUGUUGUAUAUCUAAGUUAUUGUAAUAGCCAAGUGUCUUAGAAGUACUUUGUGAAUACAUUAUACUUGAGAAACCA